CAAAUUAAAUUAUAUUGGUUUAGUUCAGUUCAGUUUACGGUAGUUGAUCCUUGUUUUGUCAAGUUUUCGGUGUGGUUGCUUUGUUUGGUACUUCAAAAGUUAUUGCGUUUUCCGGAAAAGAGAAUUCGAUUAACAGGUGUGUUCAGUGCAGUGUCAUGGCUACAGCGCGUAAAAAAUUGGACGAACUCAACCUGAAAACCCUCCGGGAAUUAGUAGGACUUCCUCAGAAUAAGUUUUGUUUCGAUUGUGGUCAAAGGGGCCCCACAUACGUUAACGUAACUGUAGGAUCCUUCGUUUGCACGAAAUGUUCUGGAAUUCUGCGCGGAAUCACUCCUCCACACAGAGUAAAGUCAAUAUCAAUGGCAACUUUCUCCCUAGACGAAAUUGAAACCCUUAGAAGCAAAGGUAACGGCUUUUGCAAGAAAGUCUGGUUAGGUCUAUACGAAGGUACACCGCCGAUUUUCUCCGACGAGCAACUAGUUAGAGAUUUUAUGAUAGAGAAAUACGAGAAAAAAAGAUUCUACCUAGAAAAAAGCGAAAUGAAAACCACCAUAACUUCAGAGGUACCAAACACAAAGCAAUGGUCGACGGGUUCCACGAAUGGCACUAGCGCGAAACUUCAAAAUGGAACCAAGAACGGAUUUAGUAAAAUAUCGACAAACCACAUUUCUAAUGGUACAUUCACUAAUGGGACUACAAGAAGUCGACCAGAAGUCAAGAACCAUCACCAGAACGGGACUAACAAUAAUAAUUUAGGCAAUGGUUUUGCUGUUGAUUUUGAUAAGGCCGAGAUUUUUAACAAUGCACCCACGAUCAGUACGAAGUUGGAAAAUGGUUUUGCAGAUUUCGAACACAACCAAGUCUACAAUGCAAAUAGUGAUUGUAAUAAUGGUACGCCAACUCCAUCGAAUCUCAAUGCUUGGGCUUCAACUUAUCAGACGCCGCUUAAUCCUCAAAACUCCGUGAGAGGCAACUCUCACGGACCCCCCAAUUAUACUUCAUCUAAUGAGGACAAAUAUGCUGCUCUUAAGGAUCUGGAUAAUGAAAUGAAACAGCAGCAACAUCAGGAUGUCUGGUCGACUUCAACCAAUAGUUCAACAGGAUCUCUGUACAGUUCUUCUACGCCGAAUACCGGAUCAGCGUAUGGAUCACCCUCCCCACAAAGCUCUAUUUUUGGAUCACCUAGUCAAGGCCAAUUUAUGAGCGCUUUCAAUAAUUUGCAAGAGAACAAUUCGCAAAUAGUCAACCCAUUUGGAAUUAGUCAGUCUUCGUCACCUUGGUCAGUUGGCAAUGGUUUUAGCAACGGUUAUUCGAAUGGGCCCAAUGGUUUAAGCGGAAUGAACGCGUUAAAUAGUACACAGUCGUCCCACGGACAGAUCAAUCCAUUUCAGGAUCAACUGGCAAAGAGCAAUGGUUUGUCUAAUGGAGUACAGUCAUUGUUUCCUAGUGAUGGAAUGAAGGGAAGUUGGAGUGGAAACCCAUUUAAGCUUGGAACGGUUUCCUCUUCAAUGAACAUCAACAACCCGUUUUUAUAAGAAUCAGGACCUACGCAACUGCACUACGAGAAUCCAAUUAUUUAUUUCAACCAAUAACCAGGCUUGAUUCCGGAAAUCCAGAAGACAUUAUUUUAGGCGCUAUUAAUUAUAUUAUUUUUAAUCAUAAUAAGCUGGUAAUACGUGACCUGUGUUAAACUUGUUUUAAUAAUCAAAACGUUAACAUGUAGGGAUAUGUAAAAGUAAUUUAUCUGCAAAACAUGAAAUUUAAAUAUAAUUUUUAAAUUCAUCGGCUAAAUUUACGUGAAUUUCAGAACUCACUUUUCCUUCCACCUGCACAGUCGUCAUACAAAGAAUAUCAAGUUGAUUCGAUAUCUACUGGGAACUUGUUCAAACAAAUAUUUCUCUUUUCUGGUCAUAGCAAUAGCAAUCAGCCCCAAGACCGGUCCGAACCUGUUAAUUUUCAUCAGGCACAUAUUGCAAGUCUGCACUUUAAACGGGGUUUCUUGGAAAAAAAAAUGCCGGUUCUUGGAUGUGCGUUGAAAGUUAAACGCACUGCCCAGCUUCAACUCGAGAAACAUUGUGAGACGAAGCGCGUCUUUCGUGCCUUAUUUAAACAAGUUCGUACAUAGUGUGCAAACUUUCAUAGAGCUCACAUUUAGAAAUGUUUUUUGGGCUUCGUGGUCCAUGGCUUCAACAUGGCGAACAUUUCUAAAUGUGAUUUGACGGGCCGUGAAAGCGUUCACUGUCUUUCGUAGAGCUGUCCUCAUUUGCUGAUAUUCUGUUAGUACAGCUAAACACGACUAACAAGAGGUUGCACUUAGACAAGGCAAACAAAUUUAGGCAAAAGUGAGGAAAUUGCGGAUUUAAAGGGCCACCGAAAAAAAUCGCGGAACAAUAUGAUUUUAAAAUUUAAAUACGAAAUUCUCAUUAAAUUAUUUCAAAUUAGUAAGAUAGCCAAAUAUUGAUGCUAGAUGAUUCAUUCCAUCAACGAGAAACGAACCAUUAUUAAAAGUGCAAAGUGCAUCCCACAAGAUCAAGAAACACGUAUAUAUAAGACAUAAACGAGCGUUGUAAACCCAAGAAUGGCACAUACUGUUUGUAUAAAAGUAAUUUCAAAACAAUUUUUGGAAGCAUUUUUGCCGGUCUCAAGAUUAAAAAAGGUAAAUUCAUUAAGAAAAGUCUACUACAUAACGCACUAUUACAUUAACGCAUAAGUGUACACUACACAUUCAUAAAAUUUGGAAAACAUGCGAAACAUUACAUUUGGAGUUCAUGCGGGGUUUCUCUUAUUGAACUUCGGCAGUAAUCUUAAAUGUUUUCCGAACUUUCAAUUUAAAGGGACGAGGUGACAGAAACCCGGCGGCAAAUAUCGAACGUUUUUUGCCUUGUACGACCUCAUAUUACUCUUUGGCUAAACUAUUCGAUUUCAAUAAUUUUAUUAGCCGUUGUAUUUUAAAUGUUCCUGCAUUUUAUUGAGAACGUAAAUGUUGUAUUGUAAAAAUGUCCGGAAAAAAAUUGAUAUUUUUGUUAGUUAUUAAGUAUAAAUGGCAUUUGGGUGUAUUUAGUUUUCACAAAUAGGUAAUAGAAGUUUUCGUUAUUUUGCAUAGUUAACAUUUUUGCCUCCUGAUGGAAAGUUCAUUUUGCAUUUGGAAUUAAAUUAUUAUAAUUAAUUAACAGGUUCUAUAUUAUAAUUAAUGGAGUCGCUAUUUCUUCGAUAAACACCUAAAUCUCUACAUAUAUUUAUCUUUGAAACAUAAUUUUAUGGCAAUGACUUGUAAUAUUUGGAAUAUGUUAAAACCUGAAAAGAGUGUCCAAAUAGUGUUAAACUUGAAAUAGGCAUUGGCAAGAUAAAGUGCAAGUUUCGGGAUCGCUAAGUUCAGGCUGAACCCAGCCGAUGAGAGCUAAUAGGCUCGAAACCGGUCCUGGGGGUGCCUGAGGUUAACGCACCUCGAAAUUCAUAUUUCGAGGUGCGCUUUUUUUCGGCUAGUAAUUUCAUAUUUACCUAUUUCAAAAGCUCAUGACGAUGCCGAAAGCUUUUCAGUGUUCAGUGUUGAACUUGUUUUCCGCUUUAUAUAAAGUUUGGUACAAAAGAUACCAAAAAUGCAUAGAUGGUUUGCCGUGGUUGAUUGAUUUAUUGUUUUUGUGUAGGCUGGAUUUAGAUUUCAUUUUAUGCUUGCUGUGCCUGCAGAACUUAUUUAGUUUGUAACAUAAAAUAUAGUUUUUGCCGAUUUUGAUUUACCUACUCUAUACAUUUAAAGGAUUGAAUCGGCGCAAUGUAAGCUUUAAAUGUAUUCCAUUAAUUUACUAUUGGUCCAAUUUCUUAUCAACUCACGUUUUUAAUAUAAGGCACACAUUCUUAGGAAAUAAGGAAUAUCUGUUAAACGGUAAUAGAAUUUACUGUGUGCCUUGCUUUUGCUCUAAGUUAAAUUAAAUAGAUUGUGACGUUUUGUUCAAUAAUGUUCAAUAAUGCUGCUACAAUUUACAUAAAGCGAGACGGGGUACAUUUCAUAUACAGGCCAAAGUUUAGUUGUAUGUAGCCUUUUACGAGAUAUCUGAUAAUUUAUUUAGUAUUAUAAACUAGAGAACUUUUGCUACAUAAACAUAUGCUUGGUGAGCUUUCAAGUGCCUGUGAAUAAAUUGGAAAAUUUCUUGAGCCCCAAUUAUGAGGUAGUUGUGCUAUGUGAGCUUAUUUCACUAUAACUUCCACAUGACAAUUAGUAAAUAGUGAUAAAAGCGCGAUCAAAAUAAAUAUAUAUAUAUAUAUAUAAACUUAGAAUAUUUUAUGUAUCCAUAUUAUUAUCCUGUUAGUAAGGAGGACUAUAAUUUAUUGUAAGCUUCGAUAUUCUAAGAGAGUGGCCUUUCAAGACUGUAGAUUUUUAACAUGACUAUUCAUAUAUUUACUUUUAAAUAGAACUUUUAGAGAAUGAACGAUCUGUAAAUUUUUAUACGCAUUUUUGACAUUGCUAAAUGCACGAAUAGUUUUGCAAAGCAAAAAUAUAUAGAAUUGAACUUAAAAUGAGCGAAUAUCCUAAAAUAUGUAUAAAGUUUUGUACUGUGAUAAAACAAAGAAAUGUGUAUAAAGUUAGUUAAUUGGUUUCGGCACUAAAAAUCCUUACUUUACAGAUAGUAGAUUUAUACAGACUAAAUUAUGACCUUUCAGAACAAAACAUUUUAUGGUUCCUGGCAUGAUGUUUGAUUUAUUCCAGGGUGAUCUAACAAAUAAUAAUAAAAGGACAUUUUUCUUAAUUCGGUAAUAGAUGGAAUUGGGUAUUUGAAAUAUAAGAUAAACUUUACUUGUAAUCGUAAUGUGCGUCACUUCCUAUAAUCCUGGCAUAAAUUAUUAUUCUUUAUAAUAUCAUGUAAUCAUUUAAUGACUGCUGCUAGAUAGGUGCCGUCCCAGCUCUUUAAACUGAUCACCAUAUAAGUUAGGAAAUGUGUUAUGCUACACAAUCGUCUAUUAAGAAUUGGUUUUGUGUAUUUGUAAAUACAUUAAUAAUAACUAUGAUAUAUUAAUACAGUUUUAAUAUUAACAG